UCGAGUGCCAUGGAAUUGGAAUCAGCGAUUCCAACUGAAUUCCGAGUCUCCCCGCGUCAUUCGCCUCCUCGACGCCGUCGUGUGGAGCCUCUCGCCCCCACCCAAUCUCUGGCCCCUCGGCUUGCUCCCAUCCUCACCUCCGACGAGGUCUAAUCCCCAGAUCUGGCCUAAUCAUCUCACGCUGUUUCACCUAAUGAAGGUUGGCCAGAUGAUUUGCAAACAAGGGGAAGCAUCUGCGAGAGCUUGUGCAUACUGAAGAGGGCACCGCUAGUGCCUCAUCGCCGGCGACCUUACCGCAGGCGACGGGACACAGCAAGCCAGGCCUCCUUCCUCUCUCGUCGAGAGGCGUCUCCUCCUCUUCCCUGCCUUCCACCGCUAGCGGGCUGUCGUGGAGUGGAGAUCCAUCCGGAGUACUUGGAUCGAUUUCUUCGUGCGCUGGAUCGCGCCGGCUGGCUCAAGCCCCGCCGAGCUUGUCCGUCACCGUCACGAAGAGUACAAGAUGGGGGGUGAUCUCCUCGUGAUGCGAUGCAUUGGCUAUUCUUUUUUAGGAGUUGGUAGAGAUGACAAAAUCGUGGCUUAAUCUGUAGUUUUUGUGCCGAAGUAUGCGUUGAAGCAACUCACUGUUUCUGUUUAGUUACUCCUGCAUUUUCAGUGCAUAUGGAAUUUUAUUAGGCUUCUCGUACUUCAUAAUUUUUUCUUUCUUUUGUGCGAUCAAGCUCCUAGAUUUUGCACCCCCUUCUCCUUUUUCUUUUUGCUAAAAACUUUGAGAAAAUCAUGGUGGCGCCGGUGCGUGAGUCUGCUGUACAAUUUCGUCGAACGCACUUCAUCAAUCCGUUGUAUCCAUUUGCAGUGACGUGCUCCAAGCAUGUACCUUUCCUACCAAACUUACGGAUGCUUUCAAAGUAGAUUUUGUCGAAUGCACAGGACCUUCCAAUGCACAAACAUUUUCGUAGAGGUGCUCUAAGUGUGCAGAAGGCUAUUGUGCAUGCGGCAAGUUCUACUUUUGAAAGUAUAUGAAAGAUGGUAGAAAGUAUACCCUGACCACGUGUACAUCGCCCUACUGUCACUUGGACAUAGCUAAUUAGGCGUAGGCUAGAAGAAUCCCAUAUUUGACAAAUUCUAUCUUUUGCUAGUAUUUGAAUGCUGGUACAAAUGUAUCGUGAUUCGUGAACACCCCUAGAGAACCUCAAGGGACAUUGAUAUAAAGCAAAAGGAUCCUGUGUAUUCAACAAAUUCUACUUUUAAAAAGUAUUCAAAAGUUGGUCGAAGCGUAUACACCUAAUGAAGUUCAAUGUAUGUUCGCACGAUAUACUUCUACCAACUUCCAAAUAUUCAAAAACUAGAAUUCAUUGAAUAAGCACGUUCCUUCUUGUUUCCAGUGAGGCACUCUACGUGUGUUGAUACUUUCUACCCAACUUUCGAAUACUUUCUAAAAGUAUGUUUGUGGAAUUCACCCGACCCUUCUAGUGCUUACUAUUUCCCAUGAGGGUGCUGUUCGUGUGUUCUUGAUAUACUUUUCUAACGUCUCCAAAACAAGAUGUACUUUUCUAGCAACCAUCAAGUACUUUCUAGAAGUUGAUCUUCUAUUUAAGUUUCAGUGGGGUGACCCCACGGAACCCAGAGCAGAUCCGCUGUAUCAGGAAUGGAAUCUGGGACUGUGUUCUACACAGGUGAAGGUCUCUCCAUCAAUCCCAAGUGGCUAAUCGACCCUAAGCUUCUCUUUGUUGGGCCACGCAUUGGUGAGGGCGCACAUGCAAAGGUCUAUGAGGGGAAGUACAAAAACCAAAACGUUGCCAUCAAGAUUGUGCACAAAGGGGACACCCCUGAGGACAUAACCAAGAGGGAGGGGAGGUUCUUGAGAGAGGUGACCAUGCUGUCAAGGGUGCAGCACAAGAACCUCGUCAAGUUUAUUGGGGCUUGCCUAGAGCCUGUCAUGGUGGUCGUGACUGAGCUACUAGUGGGGGGCUCUUUACGCAAGUACUUGGUCAGUCUCCGGCCUAGGAGUCUUGAGCCUCGUGUAGCAGUGGGGUUUGCAUUGGACAUUGCCCGAGCUAUGGAAUGCUUGCAUGCACAUGGAAUCAUUCAUCGUGAUCUUAAGCCUGAAAAUUUGUUGCUGACUGCAGACCAGAGAACAGUCAAACUUGUUGACCUUGGUUUAGCAAGAGAGGAGACACUAACAGAGAUGAUGACUGCUGAGACAGGAACAUACCGAUGGAUGGCUCCAGAGCUGUACAGCACGGUAACGUUGAGGCAUGGAGAAAAGAAGCAUUACAACCACAAAGUAGACGUUUACAGCUUUGCCAUUGUGUUAUGGGAACUCCUUCACAAUAGGCUGCCCUUUGAGGGCAUGUCUAAUCUCCAAGCUGCGUAUGCUGCUGCUUUCAAGAACAUCAGACCAAGUGCAGAUAACUUGCCUGAAGAGUUGUCAGAAAUUCUAACAUCCUGCUGGAAGGAAGACCCAAACGACAGACCAAACUUCACCCAGAUAGUGCAAAUGCUUCUACACUACUUGUCCACCCUUUCGCCACAAGAAACGUUGCCCCCUCAUCGCACAUUCAGCUCGGAGAACACAAUCCUCCCUCCUGAGUCUCCUGGGACAAGUUCACUAAUGGCUUCUCGAGGCGACCUCGGCGACACGCCAAAGGGCAAGAUGGAAGACAAGCCAAGGGGUUUCUUUUUCUGCUUCAGCGAGUGCUAUUAGCACAAAGCAAGGGAGCAGCAAGAGGAUGCAAAUACCGACAGAGCUUCACCCCCUGAUGCGCUGGGAUUGGAUCCAGUCUCGGCACCCGUAGUCCAUACCCAAAGGAUGGCAGAAGUUCUUGUAGAACUGCUGUUUCUGCUAAUCAGGUCUCCUGCAACUCUGACAUAUUGACAUAUCAUCAGGGUAAAUCGAGUAACCUUUUGACUCCAGAUAGCAAUGAUGAAAAUAGUAUUAUGGAGUUACUCCGUGCCCAGAUUGCCCGUCUCGCACAUCAUCGUAUAGAAGAAAUAAACCAAUAAUAAUUCACAUUCACCAGUUUCUCCUCUGUCGCAGAGGAUACUGCAAGCUGUGUCAGUUCUAAGUUGUCUGUAGCUUUGUGUUCCUUGCCACGUCAGCGCUGUUAUAUCGACUGCUAGGUAAAUGGGUUGAUCAUAUGUAAGCGGAGAACCAGAUAUGUUUCCGUUACAAUGUAAAAGCUAUUGGGUA